GGUUCUUCUAUCUACCGGUAGAAUAUCGUGUGGUCACACUAUUCCCUUUUAAAUUGAUACGAUUAUCUUGCAAUUUGCGGCAACAGGUGGUUCGGUCCCCAGAGGAAUACACGUGCUCAAAACGUGUGGGUUUUAUUUACAUCAAUUGACUUCAAUUGCCUCUAAAUAAGUGAGGAUGAUUCGAAAGGUGCCCCUAAUUGUGAUCCUUGGCUCCACGGGCACCGGAAAGACGAAAUUGUCUUUGCAACUGGCCGAACGCUUCGGAGGAGAGAUAAUCAGCGCUGAUUCCAUGCAGGUUUACACCCACCUGGACAUCGCCACCGCCAAGGCAACCAAGGAGGAGCAGUCCCGUGCACGACAUCAUCUUCUGGACGUGACCACGCCAGCGGAACCCUUCACAGUCACUCACUUUCGCAACGCGGCACUGCCCAUUGUGGAGCGCCUGCUCGCCAAGGACUCUCCACCGAUUGUGGUGGGCGGCACCAAUUACUACAUAGAAUCCCUGCUUUGGGAUGUUCUGGUGGAUUCGGAUGUCAAGCUGGACAAAGGCAAACCUUCGGGGGAGCUUCUUAAGGAAUCCGAACUGAAUAGCUUGUCCACCCUCGAGCUACAUCAUCACCUUGCCAAGAUCGACGCAGGUAGUGCCAACCGUAUUCACCCCAACAACCGGCGCAAGAUCAUCCGGGCCAUCGAAGUGUAUCAGAGCACCGGGCAGACUCUGACCAACAUGCUUGCGGAACAGCGAGCACAGCCGGGUGGAAAUCGCUUAGGCGGACCACUCCGCUACCCACACAUCGUCCUCCUGUGGUUGCGUUGCCAGCAGGAGGUUCUCAAUGACCGAUUGGACUCCCGUGUAGAUGGCAUGCUGGCCCAAGGGCUGCUCCGUGAACUACGGCAGUUUCACAAUGCCCACCAUGCUACCACUGUGCAAGCCUAUACGUCUGGAGUUCUGCAGACCAUUGGCUACAAGGAGUUUAUUCCCUAUCUGAUCAAGUACGACCAGCAGCAGGACGAAAAGGUAGAGGAGUACCUCAAAAACCAUAGUUACAAGCUGCCAACUCCAGAUAAACUGAAAGAAAAGGGUCUGCCAGAUGGCUUGGAACUCCUGCGCAGUUGCAGCGAAGAAUUGAAGUUAGUAACUCGCCGAUACUCAAGGAAGCAGUUGAAGUGGAUCAACAAUCGGUUUCUGGCCAGCAAGGAUCGUCAGGUGCCGGAUCUGUACGAACUGGACACCAGUGAUGUAGCAGCUUGGCCGGAGGCAGUGUAUAAGCGGGCAGAGACUAUUAUUGAAAGCUAUCGAAAUGAGGAGACCUGCGAGAUACAGCCAAUGGCCAAACGGGAGCAUCCUGGAGCGGAUUUGGAUGAGGAGACCAGCCAUUUUUGUCACAUAUGCGAUCGGCAUUUCAUUGGCGAGUACCAGUGGGGACUGCAUCUGAAGUCCAACAAACACAAGCGAAGGAAAGAGGGACAGCGCAAGCGGGAAAGGGACCAGGAAACAAUGCUUUCAACGGAUCUAUCAAAGAAGCAAAAAGGGGAGGAGGAGGCAGAGACUGCCACCACCCAGCCGAGUCAAUGAUAUUGAUAAGGCAAUGUAACACCAGACACGGCUUGGCAAUAAAUGAACCUA